AUGGGAUCUCUUUUUGAACAACCAAGAAACGCGGGAAAUUUGUUCUUAGGAGGCACGAAAAUAAGCGGAUCCGAUGUGAGGGACCAGAAUGUUCUUGCCACUCAGGCUAUUGCCAAUGUGGUAAGGAGUUCAUUUGGCCCUAGCGGUCUAGACAAGAUGAUGGUGGACGACAUAGGUGAUGUUACAGUUACCAAUGACGGUGCUACCAUUCUCAGCUUAUUGGAUGUCGAACAUCCUGCGGGCAAAAUUCUAGUCGAUUUAGCGCAACAGCAGGACAAAGAAGUUGGUGAUGGAACAACAUCAGUCGUUCUAAUUGCGGCAGAACUUUUACGAAGAGCAAACGAACUAAUGAAAAAUCGAAUACAUCCGACCACAAUUAUAACUGGCUACCGCUUAGCUCUCCGCGAAGCUAUCAAAUACAUGCAUGAAAAUAUAAGUAUUAAAGUGGAUAAUUUAGGAAGAGAUUCCUUAAUUAACAUAGCAAAAACAUCUAUAUCCAGCAAAAUAAUUGGAUCGGACUCAGAUUUCUUCGCGAACAUGGUGGUAGACGCCAUGCAGGCAGUAAAAUCGACUAACAACCGACAAGAAGUCAAAUAUCCCGUAAAAGCCGUUAAUCUUCUCAAAGCGCAUGGAAAGGGCUCUCUAGAGUCUAUACUUGUGAAGGGAUAUGCUAUAAACUGCACAGUUGCAUCGCAGGCGAUGAAAACCAGAAUUACAGACGCCAAGAUUGCUGUGCUGGACAUGAAUCUACAAAAACAGAGAAUGAAGCUCGGAGUUCACAUUACAAUUGAUGACCCGCAACAGCUAGAGGAGAUCAGGAAGCGCGAGGCUGGGAUGGUUAUGGACCGAGUCGAUAUGAUUCUAAAAGCUGGUGCCAAUGUAAUUUUCACUACAAAAGGCAUCGACGAUCUGGUUCUCAAACAAUUUAUCGAGAAAGAUGCCAUGGCUAUACGGAGAUGUAAGAAGGAGGAUCUUCGAAGGAUUGCAAAAGCUACUGGUGCUACUCUGAUCAGUACCCUUUCUGACUUAAAUGGCGACGAAAAAUUCGAGGCAUCCUCCUUGGGAUAUGCGGAAGAGGUAAGCCAAGAGAGAAUUUCAGAUGAUGAAUGUAUCAUGGUAAAAGGCACCAAAGUUCACACGUCUGCGUCAAUAAUUCUCCGUGGUCCAAAUGAUUAUCAACUUGACGAAAUGGAACGAUCGGUACACGAUUCCCUUUGUGCCGUCAAGCGAACCUUAGAAAGUGGCAGUAUUGUUCCUGGUGGUGGUGCUGUGGAGACUGCACUCCACAUAUAUCUCGAGGAAUUCGCUGGCACAGUAGGGUCCCGGGAGCAGCUAGCCAUAGGCGAAUUCGCCCAAGCCCUACUCGUCAUUCCUAAGACAUUGGCGAUCAACGCGGCCAAGGAUUCCUCUGAACUUGUGGCACAGCUUCGUUCCCGGCAUGCACUUUCACAACGAAUCCAGGAUGGAGAUGCUAGUGAAGAUGAAAAAACCAUUGCAAAGAAAAAGAACUAUAAAAACUACGGAUUGGAUCUAGCAGAGGGGAAAGUAGUUGAUGAGAUAAAAAUGGGCGUUCUGGAACCUAGCAUGAGCAAAAUUCGUCAAUUGAAGAGCGCAGUCGAAGCAUGCAUCGCUAUAAUGCGGAUAGACACAAUGAUCAAGCUGGAUCCAGAGCAGCGUGCAGAAGAUGACGGCCAUGGUCACUGA